AUGGAAAGUAAGUCAAAACUGGUAUCAAUCGAUAGAGGAGGUCAAGGAGAUCAGGAUAAUCUAGGUCUCUAAGUCCCUUUUCCUCUAGGAAUGGAGUUAUGAUUUUUCAAAACUAAAAAAUGAUCAACUUUGAGAAGCUCUAAUUCGACUGCCAUGUGUUCAUGAACUAUUUAGACAUUAUUCUGCGUCGAUUGAUAACUCGUUCAACGAAUUUAAGCUGAGGCAAUCUUGAAGCUUUUGGAUGAAGCUGAAUCGACUGAUAACUUAUAUCAAUCGAAAGCUUACGCUGAGUCAUUCCGACUGAUAUGAUUAUAUGAACUGUAGUUGGUCUACGAGCCGAGAAUCAGCAGCCUCCGUUUGGGAAUAAAAGUGCGCGUCAGAUCGAAUAAGUUGUGUGUAGUUGCACGUCAGGUCAAAUGCACGUCUGAGGUCCUCAUCGGUGUGGUUUCCUCGCGAGAAAGGUAAAGUUCAAAAAAAAUUCACUUUUUUUUAAAAUUCAUUGAUCGGAAUUUUUAGAUGAAGAAUUGCACUUGAAACAUUUUGAACUCGAAUAAUCUUUCAUUAAAAUAUGAAAAAAGUGACGAAUUUUUUUUCAGUGCUGGUGCAGGGACUUGUCGAACAGACUGUUGAGAUCGAUCUAGAGUUCGACCCUCAGUUCAUUGAAUUGGGCAACGGAUAUGGCCAAGUAGAAGAUGACCAGCCUCUUAGCUGUGAGUUUUUUUUUUCCAAGCAGAUUUGUAAAAAAAAAUGUUGUUGCAGGGUCGGACACACAGUCCACAGCAGACUACGAUGGUGACUUCUUUGAAAUUUGA